AUGUUCUCCCAGUUUAAGCUCUUUAAAAGAGCAGCUUCGAGGAUACCACCGGUGAAAUUACAGUAUAAAAACAUGCUAAGGGACCCCUCAGUGAAAUACCCACCACCAAAGCAAAUCAACUUACAAAACAGAGAAUGGCCUUCCAAGGUCUUGUCCAAGGCACCAAGAUGGUUAUCGACAGAUUUGAGAGAUGGUAACCAAUCUCUACCAGAUCCCAUGUCGAUUGCUGAAAAGAAGGAGUAUUUCCAUAAAUUGGUCGAUAUAGGAUUCAAGGAAAUUGAAGUGAGUUUCCCCUCCGCGUCGCAAACGGAUUUUGACUUUACCAGGUACGCAGUCGAGAAUGCACCCGAGGAUGUUGCUAUUCAAGUCUUGACCCAGUCGCGUGAACCCUUGGUGAGAAGAACAGUUGAAUCCGUCAAGGGCGCCAAAAAGGCCAUCAUCCACAUAUAUUUGGCUACUUCCGAUGUGUUUAGAGAAGUGGUGUUUGGCAUGUCCCAAGCUGAAGCAAUUGCCAAAGCAGUGGAAAUCACCAAUUUAGUCAAGAGCCUAACUAAAGAUGAUCCAAGUAUGCAAGACACGGAAUGGAAUUUGGAAUUUUCCCCCGAGUGUUUUUCGGAUACACCAGUUGAAUUUGCCGUUGAGAUUUGUGAAGCCGUUAAGCAGGCAUGGCAACCAAGCGUUGAAACCCCCAUGAUCUUCAACUUGCCCGCGACUGUGGAAGUUGCCGGUCCCAAUGUUUACGCUGACCAAAUUGAAUACUUUUGCAAACAUAUAACUGAACGUGAAAAAGUUGUUGUCUCAUUACACUGCCACAACGACCGUGGAUGCGGGGUCGCCGCUACCGAAUUGGGGAUGUUGGCCGGCGCAGAUCGAGUCGAGGGAUGCAUCUUUGGCAAUGGUGAGAGAACAGGUAAUGUCGACUUGGUCACGGUGGCUUUGAACUUGUACACACAGGGCAUUGCACCCGAGUUGGAUUUCUCAGACAUGGAGUCGGUAAUUGAUGUUAGUGAACGUUGCAACAAGAUCGAAGUUCAUCCAAGAUCGCCAUAUAGUGGAUCAUUGGUGGUGUGCGCAUUCAGCGGCUCCCACCAAGACGCCAUCAAAAAGGGCUUCUCGUAUGAGCGCCAGGACCAAAGAUGGGCUAUCCCAUACUUGCCCUUGGAUCCAAAGGAUAUCGGUAGAACUUACGAAGCCGUGAUUAGAGUCAAUUCUCAAUCGGGUAAAGGUGGCAGUGCUUGGGUCAUAUUGAGAUCGCUCGGCUUGGAUUUGCCUAGACAAUUGCAAGUGUCAUUUUCAGCAUUGGUGCAAGACAAGGCCGAUAGAUUAGGUCGUGAGUUGCAAACCGAGGAAAUCGUUAACGUGUUCAAUAGCCAUUACCUCGUUUCAUCGCCGUUACUCAUCAAGGAUUUCGAGAUUACCAAGGGCAAGAAUGAUGCAAGAGUCAUCACGGCGCAAUUAACUUUGCAAGAAACAGGUCAAGAAAUCACGCUAUCUGGUGAAGGCAAUGGUCCAAUUUCAUCCUUCCUUGAUGCCAUCUCAAAGAAAUUUGGCCUUUUACUAGAAGUUGUCACUUACACAGAACAUGCCUUGGGAAGCGGUUCAAGCACAAAAGCUGCAACGUAUGUCAACUUGAGCUUUGUCGAUGAUGCGGGAGAGAAGGUGAAUAGAUGGGGAUGUGGAAUUAGUCAUGACGUGGGCCAAGCUUCGCUUGAUGCUAUCUUGAGUGUCGUCAACUCGUUGGUUAAUGAAGGUAAAUUAAAAGUAUAG